CCAGGAGGACACAUGGCAGUAGAGUAAACCAAGAUGGCUGGCAUGAUGCCUCCUGUGAAAUUGAAGUGGCUGGAGCACCUGAAUAGCUCCUGGAUCACAGAGGACAGCGAGUCCAUUGCCACACGGGAAGGAGUUUCUGUACUGUAUGCCAAGUUAGUCAGCAACAAAGAGGUGGUGCCACUGCCCCAGCAGGUUCUAUGCCUCAAAGGACCUCAGCUGCCAGACUUUGAACGGGAGUCCUUGUCGUGUGAUGAGCAGGACCACUAUCUGGAUGCUCUUCUCAGUAGCCAGCUGGCCCUGGCCAAAGUGGUGUGCUCGGACUCGCCCUUCGCCGGUGCUCUGAGAAAGCGGUUGCUGGUUCUGCAGAGGGUUUUCUAUGCACUUUCCAAUAAAUAUCAUGACAAAGGCAAAGUAAAGCAGCAGCAGCACUCCCCCGAGAACAGCUCGGGCUCUGCGGAUACCCUGUCAAUUAGUGAGCGACCCCGAUCUAGCACAGAUGCCCUCAUAGAAAUGGGUGUGAGGACUGGCCUGAGCCUACUCUUCGCCUUAUUAAGACAGAGCUGGAUGUUGCCAACUGUUGGGCCCGGUCUAAGCCUCUGCAAUGAUGUCAUCCGAACAGCCAUUGAUGUUGUUAAUUCUCUCCCCCCUCUGUCCCUCGCCAAUGAGAGCAAAAUUCCUCCCAUGGGCCUUGACUGUCUUGCACAGGUCACUUCUUUCCUUAAAGGGGUGACUGUCCCAAAUUCAGGUGCAGACACCCUGGGCCGACGUCUGGCCUCUGAACUUCUCCUAGGUCUGGCUUCUCAGCGUGGCUCACUCCGUUAUCUCUUGGAGUGGAUUGAGAUGGCUUUGGCGGCUUCUGCUCUGGUUAGUGAGACCGAUAAGAACAAGGCCCUGAUGUCACAGGAGGGAAUGAUCAGCUGUGACUGCUUUAUGAGCAUCCUUCAGCAGAUGAGACGGUCUUUGGUAAGUACACAACAUGUUUGCUUGAAGAAAAGUAAUGUAUGACAGAGACAUUUCCGGAGUAUAUGGCACACUUUUCAAAUGACUACUCUGAGCGUGCAGACACAAUGGGCACAUAUUAAGUCUUGCAAACAAAAAAGUUGUAAAAGUGCAGCAGUCAUCAUUGAAACCAAGGUAAAGUCCAUGCUGAGAAAAGAUGAUGCAUUUAAAUAUAAAUAUAUAUAUAUAUAUAUAUAUAUAUAUAUAUAUAUAUAUAUAUAUAUAUAUAUAUAUAUAUAUAUAUAUAUAUAUAUAUAUAUAUAUAUAUUUAAUGCAUCAUCUAUUCUCAGCAUGGACAUCUAUUCUCUAUUCUCAGCAUGGACUUUACCUUGGUUUCAAUAAUGACUGCUGCACUUUAACUAUAUAAUAUAUAUAUUAUAUAGUAAAUAUAUAUAUUUAUAUUUUAAAUAUAUAUAUUUUAAUAUAUAUAUUAAAAGUGCAGAAGUCAUUAUUGAAACCAAGGUAAAAUCCAUGCUGAGAAUAGAGAAUAGAUGUCCAUGCUGAGAAUAGAUGAUGGACAUCUAUUCUCUAUAUAAAAAGCUGUACAAUUUGGAGAACAGUUUUUAUAAAUAGAUGCUAAACUUUUAUAUGCCUCCUACUGAUAAUAUAAAGGCAAACCGCAAGCCAGGUUCCUCCCUCACAAGAUAGAAGCUGCACCCAGUGAGGGGUGUCCCAAAUCAGCCAUGGGGUCUGAUCUUUAAAUGAACUAUGGUAUAGCAUAGAUUUUUAGAAUGUGUAGUUCAUUUAUGGCAGCAGUUACAGCCAUCAGAUCUAAUGAAUGAAACUGCUGAAUGAGCUCAUAGUAGUCCUAAAGCUCUAAACCUGUUGACAGCCUCACGAUUUUGUGAAUUGUGCCAUGCACAGCUUGGGCUCUCUCAGCUCAAUAGCGUGUAUAUAUAUGCCUUACGAGUAUUUGUAUGACCACAGGAAGCAGUGUAGAUUCCUCUUUUGAGUUCACAGUGGAAAAGGAGAGCUUAUACCUGCAGAGAUUUGUGCAAAUCACUGCAUUUGUAAGCACCUGUGCAAUGAAAUAAGUGGGGUGGGGGAGAAUUCCAUGCACUAUAUAUAAACUAUGCAUAAAGCACAGCCUGAGAUUAUUUGCUUGUCCCUUUUAAGAUGUAAGACCUCAGAUUUUCUGAAUGUGUUUAUAACCCGUGUGUAGAAGUUUAAGCAAAUGAUUGAUUUCUGUACUAACACACUUCCUAUUAAAUGUGCAGCUUAGUGAAAUUUAUGAGUUUAAAUUUAUUACAUUGCAGCCUAUAUUUCAGGUUAAUAAAUAAACCAUUUUUGGUUAAUCCACACAUCUUUGUCGGUUCAAUGAGUUAAUACACAUUUUGCAAAGAUUUAUAUAUAACCUGAAGGUUCAAGGUUAGCAUUCCAGUGGGUCAUCUUAGGCUUCCAUAUAUUUGCACAUAUGUGUCAAGUUUAUUGUAACAUAAUAGUACAAUUACGGUAUUCAACAGAGUCCUUUUUAUAAUUCUUCUACAAUGUACUGUAUAAGUGUAACAUAAUAUUUUGUUGUUAUUACACAUGGUACUAUGUAUUUUAGUUUAUGUAUAGAUUACUUUUACAUUCUGAACCCAAGUUGCAAACUACUAUUACAGACUCUGUAGGUUUUAAGAUUUAGUGCAAAAUGUAUUUUAAAAUGGGCUUACAGUCUUAUUUUAAGUGGGACUCUGAAACAAAACAGUCCUGAGCCUUUUGCUAUCAAUGUGCAUGUCUGUUGCUCUGAAGAUUGGUCUAACUUUCAAAUUCUUUCUCAAGCAACAACUAAUCUGAAGCUGUCUACCCCAUUGUAAAUCCCAAAAUGCUUUUGAGUAGACACGUGUAGAUUGUAAUACUGGUAAAUAACUUGAUUCAACUCAAAUUGUAAAUUAUCAUAGCAAAGUGCAAGUCAUGCACAAGGUGAACACUCCAGUGUGAUUAUUAUAUUAAUAAAAUGCCAUUCAAAGCCAAUAAACUAUAAUAAAAUAAAGAGAACUUAUAAAGGACUAAUGGGUUAGAUCUCGUGCGAGAGGGGUUUUAAAUCAGUGAGUUGGUGAUGGGAUGGUAAACACAAGUGAGGCUGAUUUACGGGAAUGAAACCGGAUCCAUUUGAAGGUUUCCAGGCAUAAAAUGGGAGUGAAUGGAGGCUGCAAGGCCUGGAGAAUGGUUUGAGGAUGUAAAAUGUCUUCUGAAUAAAGAUGAGUGAGAAAAUAUGACUAUUUGGAGGUAAAAAUAUAUGACUUGCUUAACUACUGUUGAGGAGAGCAUUCAAAAUAGAAAGGAAAAAGAGAAUGGUGUGCAACUUGUGAACUCUGGUGAGAGUUUAGCAUUUUUUUGGUGCAGGAAUGCUUAUGUGAGACGAAACAGACGUAAGUUGUGUAAAAGUAUAGCUAGAGUAAGGUUUGGGAUAGAGACUAAGGCGUUUCAAAUAAGGCCGAGAUAGGAGUUGGAGAACCAUGAUACAUACAACGGCAGGUAGAUUUGUGUGGACGUAUGUCAUUUUCCAUGCGCCAUACCCUUUCUCUGCCAUACUAUUUAUAUUUAUUUGAAGGGGCCGUCUGCUCUAUAAUGGUACAUUACAUUGUCCCUUGGAUGUUCUUUCUUCACUGUAUUUAUUCUGAACAGUCUCUAUUACUGUUUGAUGUAAAGCAUAUGAUAACCAGUGUUUAUUUCUGUGAAACAUAAUUGAACAUGUUAGAAUGGAUUUGUCUUUUUGCACCGUGCACAAGUAAUAAUGUGGUGUAAGUAUUAAGUGUGUAAAUGGCCAAACUCUGCCGUACAGCCUGCGUCCACAGCCAUCGCAUUCCUUAAAACCUUCAAAUGGAUCCCUUCCCAAAUAUAGAUACUGUUUAAUUCCUUUCUCCAGUUUGACCAGUCUCAUUUAGCCUAGGCUGCAGGUAAACCACUCACACAGGUGCAGUCGGCAGUGAUUGCAUGCAGAGUUGUGUGAGCUUUGUUGUGGUGUUAGAAGUAUGUAAUUCUCACACAUAUGGCCCCAGUAUCCUGGCCCGGUCCUGGAUCCCACAGUCUAAAAUUUGUCCUGUUCAUGCAUUGUCAAAAUAACAAAACAAUCCAAAUAAAUUAACAUUUCCUUAAGCAUUGUGUUUUAUGUAAACCGUGAAACCUCUCUAACAUUCAUCCUCUACUGCUGCUUCUUGAGAAUCAUAUCUUUAAUUGGUCACCAUGUGCACACAUUCUUUUAAACAAAGCUGGUCUGUUUAAGCAUUGCAGAGAUUGUUUGUUUUAAUACUGAUUCCUAGCAUACUACCCUAAUGGACUGCUAUUCUUUUUAAACACACCUACUGCUCACAAACCGUUUCUCAGGAUUCAUCUAGUGAAUAUAAGCAAGAACUAGUUUAACCAGGAUUUCUAUUCGAGUUCUCUUUUUGUGAUAUUAAAGCCAGACACACAAACGUUAAUAGACAGUGGUGUAGAUACAAUAAAUCCUCUUUUAGCAGGAUUCUGUAAAAAGAAGCUUUAUGUGCAUAGUUAGUGUCCGAGUGGUAAGUAUCUGUAACUGAUAUACUUUACCUCUUUAGGUUAUUUAAGAAAUGAGUGGUAAUAGUGUGUGUGUGUGUGUGUGUGUUUUUUUUCUAUUGACCAAUCUAUCCUUCCCCGAUGCUUCCUUUGUAGGGUUCUUCAGCAGACCGUAGCCAGUGGAGAGAACCCACCAGGACAUCUGAUGGCUUGUGCUCUCUGUACGAGGCCGCUCUGUGCCUGUUUGAGGAGGUAAGACUUGUCUGUGUCUGCCAGAACACUGUUUGUAUGUUUCAAAUGUAAUCAUUGCCAGUAUGUACUCAAAGCAAGAAACAAGAAAAACGGGUGUUGUUAACAAAACAUCACGUGUAUAUACACCAAAUACUACUGGCUUCCAUCUAACACCUUCAAAUGCAUAUAAUCUGUGAGAUAUAAUAAAGAUUUUUCCGUUUAUACACACCUCUUUCUUGCUCUCAUCUUUAUCUUCCUUUGUAAUUAUUCAUUUUUUUUUCAUAAUUUUCCUUGUAUCUUAAAGUACCAUUUUAACCAAAAACGCACACAUAUAUAAUAAAAAAAAAGUGUGCUGUGUCUUCAUAUCUUUUUAAAUAAUGAAAGAUUUAGCUUGCUUCCCACUUUAAGUAUGGUAAUGAUAUUUUAAACAUGGGCAAUUUUUCACUAUGCAGCUAUUGAACUUCAGUUCCCACGAUCCUCCUUCAGCCUAUAUGCUAUUUUUGUAACUUACUUGGAUUAUAUGAGGUUUUGUUCAUCAAUAGCUGGGCUACCACAGGUUACUAGAUUAAGGCCAUCAGGUUAGUAUUUCAUAAAAUGUGACUUAACUCAUAAUGCCAAAUAUUGCAUUUCUGAUUAACAACAAAGUCGAGGUUUGUAUUUUAUUGACCUGGAACAUCACCUUGCACCAGAUAAAAAAAAUGUCUGCUGAGGUGACCUUCUAGGUUAAAGAAGCACUAUAGGGUCAGGAACACAAACAUGUAUUCCUGACCCUAUAGAGUUAAAACCAUCAUCUAGCCCCCCUGGUCCUCUCAUGCCUCCCUAAAAAUAGCAAAAUCCUACUUGUAUUUAAGUCUGGAGCUGCUAGCUCUGGCUUUGUUUCCUUUAGACUUGCCUGCUGACAUCAGCAGAAGUGGUAGCCUGAUCCAAUCACAAUGCUUCCCCAUAGGAUUGGCUGAGACUGGCAGAUUAGGGGCAGAGCCAGCACAAUUAAAACCCAGCCCUGGCCAAUCAGCAUCUCCUCGAUGAAUUGAAUGAAUGAAUCUCUAUGAGGAAAGUUCAGUGUCUGCAUGCAGAGGGAGGAGAUACUGAAUGUUUGGAUGCAUUUUUGGCAGCCAUGACCCAGGAAGGAUCUUUAACAGCCACCUAAGGAGUGGCCAUUGAAGUUAUCACUAGGCUGUAAUGUAAACACUGCAUUUUCACUGAAAAGACAGUGCUUACAGCAACAUGCCUGAAGGUAAUGAUUCUACUCACCAGAACAAAUUCAAUAAGCUGUUGUUGUUCUGUUGACUUUUUAACAGAUUCCCUAAACACUCUCUCACCGGUUGUCUUUUAAAUGCCCAGUUACUAUAUGUUUUGCUUUUCAGGUGUGCCAGAUGGCUUCAGACUAUUCCAGAACCUGUGCCAGUCCCGAUAGCAUCCAGACUGGUGAGAGUCCGGUCGUGUCCGAAACCUGCGAAGUAUAUGUUUGGGGAAGCAACAGUAGCCAUCAACUAGUGGAAGGAACCCAAGAGAAAAUCUUACAGCCCAAGGUGGCUCCCUGUUUCUCUGAUGCACAAACCGUAAGUGUCUUUCAACAUCCAAUCCACAUGUUUCACGGUCUCCUAAUAACUGGUUUUCACUUUGUCAGUAGGUCUUCUAUUCAACCAUGUUUGAACACUUUUCUGUUAGGUUUCUGUAUCUUAAAAGUUCUGAGUGUAUUUGCAUCUAAUCUUUUUGUAGAUUGAAGCUGGACAGUACUGCACUUUUGUCAUAUCCACGGAUGGCUCUGUGAGGGCCUGUGGAAAAGGCAGCUAUGGGAGGCUGGGACUAGGAGACUCCAACAAUCAGUCUACAUUGAAAAAGCUAACCUUUGAGCCACACCGCUCUAUCAAGAAAGUAUCGUCCUCCAAAGGGUCUGAUGGACACACACUAGCGUUUACCACGGAAGGAGAAGUCUUCAGCUGGGGUGAUGGUGACUAUGGAAAAUUGGGCCAUGGAAACAGCUCUACACAGAAAUAUCCAAAGCUUAUACAGGGGACACUGCAAGGAAAGGUAAGUGGCCUCUUUCUGGGCUAAUGGCAUGUUGUUGCAUUAUUUUUUUUUGUAACCUCUUUAAUUGCAUGGUAGUGUUAUAUAAAGAAGUGGGGGUUUUGUCCCUUAUAUUACCACCAUAUAUUUAGACACUGUUGGUGCUGUUUGGUCAAUUUAGACACACAGGUCAAUAGAAUGGACCUUUCUAAACACUAUUACUUAAUCAAUGAUGUAAGCACAGCCCGUGCCGGACUGCAACAAAAAUUUAGCCCGGCAAUUAAAGGCAGAGCAGCCCACUAGGAGGGGUGGGGCCUGAAAGGGGGCGUGUAAUGUCACCACCAUAAACUUGCACUCCACCAAAUGAGUGUUAAUGUGAUGCUCCUCCAGAGCAUCCAGUGCACUUGAAUGAAGUAAAUGCCAUUUUUUUUGAGGGGGUGGGAGUUGCCCGAUGGCCAAUCCGGCCCUAAGCAAAGUGAAAGAAGGGUGCUAAAAUGUGCUGGGCUUAGCAUAGAAAAAUGGCAAUCUUAGCUAAUGAAGGACACUCCAUCAACAAAAUUUAGCAUGGAUUUGAGGCCAAGACCUAUCAAAUGCACUUGUGUUUUUCUCCACCUUUAAAGUUUUUGUUUUUGUUUUGCGGCAUAACCCCACCCCUUUAGAAAUUCAUCAUGUUUCCACAAAAUGUCUUUAUGAUUGGAAGGUAUACAGUGUAGCUUAGCCAAUGAGGGACAAGUGUAAAUUGAACAGUUGAGCUGUUGACUUGACUCUGCUACACAACAAAUCACUGUCCUUUUUAUUAUCUGUUUAGCAUUUCAAAGCUGUGCUAAGGGGAAAGUGGGCAGAUAUUAAGAGAAUAAUAAUUGGCUGUGUGGUGGAGUCAAGUCAGCAGCUUCUCUCAUUGGAUCAACUACACUUUUGAUUAACAAAAGUAAAGAGAGUUUAAGGUGCAGAAAAUUACAGCAUGAAUAUGGGGCCAAACUUGCCAGCAGUGUUUCUUCAUUUCAACUGCAUGGAUUUAAUGUACAUACCAUUUUUUGAAAUCAUUGUACUGCACUGCUACUUAAUAUAAUUAAAUGUAAUUGUUUUUAAAGGCUUCUACAGUAGCCAUUUUGAAUGAUAUUUUGAGAUGGUUGGUAUUAUAGUGGCCAGCUGGUUACAGUACUAAAACUUCCAUGAUGCUUUUUUCAGCAGUUAAAGGAACAAUAUAGUGUCAGAAAUACAACUUGUAUUCCUGAUACUAUAUUGUUAAACUCCCAGUUCCUUUAAAUAGUUAAAAACCCACCCUUUUUUUUUUUUCCAGCACCGGACAGGUUUGUCAUGACAGGCCUCACUCCGCGUCCUUGGCUGAGAUCAUCAACAUUGACUAUCUCUGCAAAUCCAAUGCUUUCCCAUUGGGAGGCUAUUGCACAGAAGGGCAAAACGCCGCUCUUAGCCAAUCAGCAUCUCCUCGCAGAAAUGCAUUGAAUUAAUGCAGGACGUGGAGACUCUGAAAGCAGGUGCUGGGCACUGUGCCGCAUAUCCCAGUGGCUGUCUGCCACGAGAUCUGUUCCUAGGCAGUAAUGUAAACUCUGCCUUUUCUCUGAAAAGCCAGUAUUUACAUUAUAAUGCCUCCAGGGACAUGUUGUUAUAGGCACUAGAACAACUAUAUUAAGCUGUAGUUGUUCUGGUGACUGCAGUAUCCCUUUAAAGGAUCUGCCUUUUAGCUGCCCAUGAUCUACAGUUUAGAUGUCAUAUGUUAUGGAAUUAUGAAGUUUCUAACAUAAUAUUGAGACAGUGAGGGAAUUUUUUUUUUUUUUUUAGAAAAUGGUAUAAAUUUAAUGAAAUGAUCUGUUAAAAUAAUUCCUUCCUGAGUUUUUGUAUGUGCACCUUGUCACUGAUACGAUGUAUGCUACAACAAAAUCCUUCAAUAAAAUACACGCUGGAAAAAUAAAUAAAAAACCUUCCUGUUGUGUUUCACAUUGAUUUUCCGGUCUUCUUCUCACCCGUCAGGUUGUGGUGUGUGUGUCGGCUGGUUACAGACAUAGUGCUGCGGUAACAGAAGAUGGGGAGCUGUAUACGUGGGGAGAAGGAGACUUUGGAAGACUUGGUAAUACAGCCUGUUUCAUAUGUGCCCUACAGCAAUGUUUUAAUUACUGGUCACAGAUUUAACUUCCCUGUGAGCCGAGUAACUGAGAGCAAUGAGGUUUAGAGACAGCCAUAGCACUAGCGAUAUGUUAAUUCGUCAUGUAUGCAAGCCAGAAGGUUAUGGAAUGGCAAAGUUAUAAUUAAUUUUUUCAAAUUUGCAAUUCACUCCAUUGCCUUAACUACCAGAGUUAAAAAUCAAUCCGAUUUGGUACAUUCUCUUCCAGUAAUAGUCAUUGGAUAUCACUACCUAGAGCUUUUAUUUACUUUUUUCCCCCUUCUUUCUAAUUUAAGAAAAUAAUGUAUAUUUUAAAGAUGUAUUUACAUUUUUGCAAGGAUGUAGAAUACCGGAGGAGGAAAUAUUCCAAUAUUCAAAGGGUGAAUCAUUGAAAUGACUGAUAUUACUUGCAGAAUAUGAGUUGAUUAUUGAUGUUACAGAUCCCUAGCUUUUAUGGAAACUCCAUGUCCCGUGAUGUUUUUUCAUCUUUUGUCUGCCUUUUGGCUUUUCACAUUCUAACCUAUUCAGUGCAUAACUCUAGGUUUGAAGAAUAAAGGCUGCUUAAUUUCAUGCCUAUUUAAUCUUUAGGCCAUGGAGACAGCAAUAGUCGGAACAUCCCCACUCUGGUAAAAGAUAUCAGUAAUGUUGGGGAAGUGUCUUGUGGAAGCUCCCACACCAUAGCUUUGUCCAAAGAUGGAAGAACUGUCUGGUCCUUUGGAGGAGGGGAUAACGGUAUGUACACCAUACUCCUUUCUCUGAUGUAAAACACUAACCUGUCCAGAAUACUAGGGUGAUGCUUUAAUGACUUCUGUUCGGGUACUGACCAAGCCAAGUAUUUCUGUGCAUGCUUAUAUUUCUGGUGUAUAUUUUACAGAGCUUUAUGAAUGUACCUCCCCCUAACUAUUAAGAAAAUAUUAUGUUCUUAAAAGGAACACUCCACUGCAAAUACCACCACUUCCAUUCGCUCAGGGCAUCUAAACCUUCCUGGCUGUUUUAUAAAGUGCCUUUUAAAUUGGAUACUAAUCUACCAUAAAGAACUCCAAGAAGGAAAAGUGCUUUAUGGGUGGGAAGUAGUCCUUUAAACAUUCACAAACCCUUUUCAGUUCCUGCCUUAAAUGUUUAUCUUUGAUUAGCUCUUUUAAUGGGUGGGCAACUGUUGCUAAAUCCUGGCUUGACUAAAAUGGUCCUCUUGGUCUGGCAUGGUCUUCUGGUCUAGCUGGUCUAUUUUUUCUUAUCCGAUUAAUCUGUCUAUCAGAGGUUUAUGGGAUAAGUAGUUUAUCCCUAAAGAGUACUUCCACUCAUUUUAGAAUGUUACUAUCCGUUAAACACAGCUGGUAUAGCUAUAGGCAGAACUCCUGCUUGGGUCACUGUACAAAAUGGAGAGAACUCUCCAGGAGGACAGAAUUAACACCCUAAAGCUGUUCUGGGCUGCCUGACUGACAGCUCUGAGGUGCAAGCAUAGAGCCGAAGCAAUUUUUAACAAAAUUCUGUAGUUCUAAGUGACUCUCAGUACUAAAAGGUGGCACAGGGAGCUUUAAGCACCAUUAACUUUGCAAAACCACAAAACUGCUAUGGUACUUAGAGGUACCCUUAAGUUAUCUCCUAUAUAAAAGAUUAUCUAAUUAAAGAGACAUCCAGGCUAGUGUUGGCAUAUUUUAAUAGGCCAUGCAUAAAAAAUAUACAGAAACAGAUUAAAAGGGCACUCUUAUUCGGAUUCAUUCAAUAACAGCAAAUCACUGUUCUUUCAAAUACAUUUUCAACCAACCAGGAAUUGUCUUGGGAUGUGAGGGUUAGGAAGUGGGCUUAUAGAUCAAAACUAGUAUUUAAAGACCACGUAAAGACUAUGGGCAAGAAAAACAAAAAUUGCUUGUAGGUGAGUGCCUACACACUUUUUUUAUUUUUAUUUAUACAUAUGUCUUUUGUGUUCUCAGGAAAGUUGGGACAUGGUGACACUAACAGAGUAUACAAGCCAAAGGUGGUGGAAGCACUUCAGGGAAUGUUUACAAGGAAAGUAUGUGCGGGAAGUCAAUCAUCACUAGCCCUAACAUCGACUGGACAGGUACGUGAAAGGAGAAGUAUAUAAUUUAUAUCUUAACACCUUUUAAUUGUCUAAUUUUUUUGUUUGUUUCAUGUUCUGUCUUUUUCAUGCCUGUGUUGCUUGCACAGUGUUAAAAACCCGACUCUGAUAUCCUGACGUUCGACUCCAUAUGCAAAAUGUUUUUCUUUUUUAAUAUUUAUUUAUAUAUAUACCGCUUGUGUUUAGGUCUAUGCUUGGGGAUGCGGAGCAUGCCUGGGAUGUGGAUCUUCAGAAGCGACAGCUCUGCGACCUAAACUUAUCGAAGAACUGGCUGCCACUAGAAUAGUUGACAUUUCUAUUGGAGACAGCCACUGCCUUGCUCUAUCUCACGGUAUGCAUGUUUACUUUCAGAAUACAGUGCAAUUUCAUGUUACAAAUUUACUGUCUUUUGUUUUUUGUCUUUUUCGUCAAAUAAAAUUUAUUCAGAAAAUGGAGAUCACUUAUAUACAAGCAUUACUAACAUUAAUACUCAGGUGUAUAAUAAGAGUAUGAUAAUAUAUGUAAAAACAAAUCUUUGUUAAAUAUUAUUUCCAUACAGUUGUUUAAUAAUGGAAAAUUUCAAGCACUUACAUCUACAAAUCUCUCUCGGUUGGUCUUUCCCCCCUCCCCCCCCCCCAAAAUAUGCCGUGGGAAAAAAAUAUAAAACGUGAAAAUGAAACUCCUAACUGGCAGAGAUUUGAGCAGUGAGACUGCAGGGGCAUGAUCUAUACACCAAACUUGCUUUACGAAGAUAAAGUUGUUUUGGUGACUAUAUAGUGUCCCUUUUUAACUGUCCAACAUAAUGUGUCACAAAAAUGCAUUAAUGACUCUUACUAAAAUAAAUAUUUGAGGUUACUAUAAUUCAUAUAUUAUGGGAGCCUCACAGGGACAUUUCAAACAUCAUAAUCACUAUGGCUUACCUAAUAUUUCCCUAUUUGUGUUCAAAGAAAUCCAACUAUGGUAUUGGCAGGAUAAGGCAUGGGCUUAGGGUGCUGGGGAAUACCAUUAUUUGCACCAAACUACAUGAAAACGGACCAAGAAAGGGAAUGACAUCAUAUUCUCAGUCUACUAUAACCACUGCAAUGAGAUUAAGUGGUUAUUGUUCUUGGAGUGUCCCUUUACCAACAUGCCAGUGUAAGCUUUUUAAUACAUUCAAAUAGAAGAUAAAGCAAGCACAUAUAUCUUUUUGGGUAUAUAUGUGCUGUUAUGGCAUCUGUCGACUUUUUCCUGUGAAGAAAUAACAGGCAGACCAUUGCUCACUAUUAGUCUUUGCUCCUGCGUGCCUCGCCUCCCAAAGGCUUGAUUGCAAGUUUUAAUCGUGUGCACUUUUAAUCUUGUGUACCUGCCACUGUAAAAGUGAAUCAAUAUAAUGAACUACGUACAGGCAAGUGCAAACCUCUUAUCUAUGACCAUAAGCUGAGCUUUGACAUUCAAAGUUAGUACACGCAUAUAGGCUCCUGCUGCUGCUGCAAAUAUGCUGACCAAGGCGCAGAUGGUGAUUUUCCGUGCAAUAUUUCCUAACUAAAGUAGAAGAGCCCUUAAAGGUAUAACCGGUGAUUUAAAAAAAAACGCACACGUUGCACGGAUGCCAAGUGGACACAUGCUGACUUUUCACAUCAUUGCUGUUUUUUUGAAAUCACUGUAUUUUUAUUUCAUUAUUUUAAUCAUCAAAGGGUAUUCUUUUGCUUUUGCAAGUGUUCACCAUUAAGAAACUGAUCGUUAAAAUGUACAGAAAUAUACUGCUUCCAGACUCUGUAGCACAGAGCGCCUGCUGCUUCCAGACUCUAUAGCACGGGGCGCCUGCUUCUUCCAGACUCUAUAGCACGGGGCGCCUGCUGCUUCCAGACUUUAUAGCACGGGGCGCCUGCUGCUUCCAGACUUUAUAGCACGGGGCGCCUGCUGCUUCCAGACUUUAUAGCACGGGGCGCCUGCUGCUUCCAGACUUUAUAGCACGGAGCGCCUGCUGCUUCCAGACUUUAUAGCACGGGGCGCCUGCUGCUUCCAGACUUUAUAGCACGGGGCGCCUGCUGCUUCCAGACUUUAUAGCACGGGGCGCCUGCUGCUUCCAGACUUUAUAGCACGGGGCGCCUGCUGCUUCCAGACUUUAUAGCACGGGGCGCCUGCUGCUUCCAGACUUUAUAGCAGGGGGCGCCUGCUGCUUCCAGACUUUAUAGCAGGGGGCGCCUGCUGCUUCCAGACUUUAUAGCAGGGGGCGCCUGCUGCUUCCAGACUUUAUAGCACGGGGCGCCUGCUGCUUCCAGACUUUAUAGCACGGGGCGCCUGCUGCUUCCAGACUUUAUAGCACGGGGCGCCUGCUGCUUCCAGACUUUAUAGCACGGGGCCUGCUGCUUCCAGACUGCUAGACUUUAGCACGGGGCGCCUGCUGCUUCCGCCUGCUGCUUCCAGACUUUAUAGCACGGGGCGCCUGCUGCUUCCAGACUUUAUAGCACGGGGCGCCUGCUGCUUCCAGACUUUAUAGCACGGGGCGCCUGCUGCUUCCAGACUUUAUAGCACGGGGCGCCUGCUGCUGACUGCACGGAGCGCCUGCUGCUUCCAGACUUUAUAGCACGGGGCGCCUGCUGCUUCCAGACUUUAUAGCACGGGGCGCCUGCUGCUUCCAGACUUUAUAGCACGGGGCGCCUGCUGCUUCCAGACUUUAUAGCACGGAGCGCCUGCUGCUUCCAGACUUUAUAGCACGGGGCGCCUGCUGCUUCCAGACUUUAUAGCACGGGGCGCCUGCUGCUUCCAGACUUUAUAGCACGGGGCGCCUGCUGCUUCCAGACUUUAUAGCAGGGGGCGCCUGCUGCUUCCAGACUUUAUAGCAGGGGGCGCCUGCUGCUUCCAGACUUUAUAGCACAGGGGCGCCUGCUGCUUCCAGACUUUAUAGCAGGGGACGCCUGCUGCUUCCAGACUUUAUAGCACGGGGCGCCUGCUGCUUCCAGACUUUAUAGCACGGGGCGCCUGCUGCUUCCAGACUUUAUAGCACGGGGCGCCUGCUGCUUCCCGACUCUAUAGCACGGGGCGCCUGCUGCUUCCAGACUUUAUAGCACGGGGCGCCUGCUGCUUCCCGACUCUAUAGCACGGGGCGCCUGCUGCUUCCCGACUCUAUAGCACGGGGCGCCUGCUGCUUCCUGACUCCUAACUGACUAAGUCUGUCUGCUUUGCAUACGGAAAUUAAUGAAGACACCCACUUCAAGCUAUUUAUAGGGAUAAUUUUGAUAGGACUGUCCAAUUAUCUCAAGAGUUCCUGCCGUCAGAAACUGAUGUUUUUUUCUUUUGCAGUUACUUCCCCCACUCUCAUUUGAAGACCAUAAAUUGUAAUCGUACGUUUAACAGAAUGUAUUGCAUCAGCCAGACAUGAAGUCUAAAAUUAGCUAGAACGUGUGUAAUGCUGCAGAUAAUGAUAUCUGUGGCUUUGCCCUUGGUAUUGUGUUUAUUGUAAAGAGCAGAAGCUAUUGCUAGAAACUAUAUUUUAUUUUUAAAAUAAAGUAAUUUUUUAUUACAUUGUUUGGAUUUUAGAAUUGUUUUGCUGCUUAAACUAUCCUAGUGUAUUGUUAUUUUUGUCUCCUUUAGAUAAUGAAGUUUAUGCGUGGGGGAACAACUCAAUGGGCCAGUGUGGGCAAGGCAAUUCAACUGGCCCCAUCACCAAGCCAAAGAAAGUGAGUGGGCUAGACGGAGUAGCUAUUCAGCAGAUCUCGGCAGGAACCUCGCACAGCCUGGCAUGGACAGCCCUUCCCAGGGACAGGUAAAGGGUAACAUUAUCUACCUGAAAAAGGUGAAAAUUUGGAAUUGGUUUGGUAAAGUGACAGCAGUACGACUGUUUCCUAAGAGUGCACCAGAAUAACUCGCAAAUAGAAUCCUUUGUAUAAACGCAAUUAAACAUAUAAUUAACACAAAUAGAUAGGUAAUCUUCUGGUGAAUUGAGAACUUCAUGGCAACCUUUAGGCAAAAGUACUGAUUUAGAAAGAUUCUCUAACUCCGCUGUAGUUCUAGCUUGGCUUUUUUGACCUGAAUUUUAUGGUUUCCGUUCAUUAAAAUCUGAUGUUUAGUGCAUACACCUUAAAGGACCACUAUAUGCACCCAGACCACUUCAGCUCAAUAAAGUGAUCUGGGUGCCAGGUCCCCUUAGUUUUAACCCUGCAGCUGAAAACAUAGCAGUGUCAGAGAAACUGCUAUGUUUACAUUGCAGGGUUAAUCCAGCCUCUAGUGGCUGUCUCCUUGACAGCCACUAGAGGCGCUUCCGCGAUUUACACUGAGUAAAUUGCACUUAUUUGAUGCUGGAUGUCCUCACAGAUCUCCAACGUCGAAAAAAGAUCCCCAUGGGAAAGCAUUGAGUAAUGCUUUCCUAUGGGUAGGUUUGAAUGCGCCUGCACGCCUCUCUCCGCACAUUUGCUUUCAGCUCCACACGGGAGCUAGCGCUAAAUUAAGGCAAGCAAAUAAAUGAUUAACCAUUUAUUCACCGCGGAACAGGGCACUAGUCACCGUUUUAGGUGACUAGGGCUCUAUAGCGUUAGGAAUACAUAAUUGUAUUCAAAUGCUAUAGUGUUCAUUUAAUAUAUUUUAUUUCGUACAUGAUGAAUCGCAGAAACUUUUGUAAUACUAUUCUUCGGCGUAAAUCCAUCAAUCGUGAAUGGCAUUAUUACUUCCCAUCAUGAUAACUAGGGCAUGGCACUCUAAGGCAUCAAAUGGUUUCACGACCAUCGUCAAUAUAAUGUGUGUUUAUUGUAAGCAAAACUUACUCAGUUGUUAACACUUUCUUCUUCUAGACAAGUUGUUGCGUGGCACCGGCCUUACUGCGUUGAUUUAGAAGAGAGUACCUUCUUCCACCUGCGCUCUUUUCUUGAGAGAUACUGCGAGAAAAUAAACAGUGAUGUCCCACCCUUACCCUUUCCAUCCUCCAGGUAUAUCUAGAGUGACUGUAUUUUUAUAUAUAUAUAGCAGUUUGUACUGCAAAUUUCUUUGUACGUAGUCAUUUAUCUUUGGGUACAGUAAAUGUGUGGUUUCAUAUGUUAAGUGGCUUAAGGUCUGUGUCUUGUUUAAAAGGGGCACUUCAGAAAACAUAUUUUAACCUUUUGUAUCUGAGCCAUUUCACAUUCAAGUAUUAAAGCCAUUUUGGCUUUUGCACUAAUUCCAUUUAAAUAAUAGUAUAAUUUUUUGUUUUUUGUAUGAGUCGCGCAAGCAAUGAUAUAUGGUUUAUUUAACAAAUUAGUUUCUUACAGUUUGCCUUUAUUGAGGUUCGAAAAUAAGUGUUCCACAGGUAGAGGACCUAAUAGAAGAUAAAAUUAACUCAAAUGUCACCUAUUUUAAACUCCAGAGAUCGCAUUAAUUUGGAAACCUGCAAUUCUUUGUAUUAGCUAGGUGGAACAAUGUUUUAUAAGCCUGAAUACUUACCCAAUGAGAUGAAUUCUGUCUUUACAACUCAAGUGAUUUGUUAAAGUGGUAACAAUUAACUGACAGCAACUGCUAUUAUUGCUUUUUAUUUGGCUUGUAGUACCUCCGUUCUCACCCACCCAAAAUAUAUAUAUAUUUUGGUGAGGGGAUCAUUUGGACUUUUUUUUUUUUUUUUAAGGUUGCCAGACAACCUACUGUAGGAUAUAUGCUGUAGUGAAUGGAUAUAAUCGGGCAUAAGGGCCAGGCUUAUUCUCCUCAGUUUUUGUUACUAUGUGCACUGUGUUACCAGAUGGUACCACCGUAAGUGUGAUUAUCUAAUGUCUACCUUUGCUUCUGGCUUCUUAUUUGAACGAAAGGGGUUAAACAAGGCUUCUAGAGCCACUUUUCCAGCAACAAGCACCCUAAAAAUCACUUAGUGACAGGUGUCAUUCUAAAUCUCAUGGUCUCUCAUAGAUAAAAAGAAGCAAAUGGGGAUCUCUCAGUUCGUGCCAUAAAAUACUGUCCUAAUGAACAUUGAGCUAGUUGAUCACCUUUAUAUUGGUGAUCACCUGAAUCCUAGCAGGCAGAUUUUCCACCCUUUCAAAUAAAGCGUAACAUGUCUCCAGAGCGUAAAACAGGGUCAUUUUUCCUGGCAUUCCAUUAUUAGCCCUUGGAGUCAAUCUAAGGUGUGCAGAAUUCUACAAGGUAAUAUGUAAUCUCUUCUGCAUUACACUGAUUGGACCUUUUUAGUUCACUGAGAUUUAAACCUUGGACUGGAUAAAGGAGUGCUUAUGGUCAUGAAUAUUUAAGGCCUUUGUGUUAGCAUCAAUAUAACAAGAUUACAUUACUUAAUUAGUUUAUAUAUGAUAAGAAUAAUGCUCCCAUGGUAGUAAAAGGCUUUUAAAAAUUAUUAUUAUUGAUUAUGCAACUUAGUCCCUUAUUUCGAAGCAGCGACUACACUUCCGGUUGAGAUAACCCACCGCAGAACAUUUUGCUUGCUUUGUUUAAGAUAACUUUGCCCAUGUUUUGUUUAUUACGGUCACCAUGAUAUUAACUCUGUGACCAGUCAGCGUAAAUCUGAGCAGCACGUGCUAUCUGAUGAGCACAUGUCUAGUUCAAUGAGUUGGACAGUGAUCUUGCAGUCAUUGACCUGCAUAUAUUCCCCUACAGGUGUAAUUCUGUGUCAUUUGUUUUGAAAGGAGUGAACAUAGGGGACAAAGUAAUAUUCAAUGGACAUAUCAGAUUAAUGAUUCCAGAAGUGUAAUCUGUAAAGGGGCCCUCUGCAUAGAUAGUAUAGCUCAUUGUAGUGGCUAUUGUGCUAUUUCUUCAGUUUUAAAGAGGCCACUUUAUUCCACCUUCCUAAGUGGAAUUAGCAACAUUUUGACUUCUUUAGGCGUAACAAACACAUUUUCAGCUUGAAGAAUUGGCAAGGUUGAUGGAACUUAAAUGUCACUUGUAAACUGAGGGUCUUGUAGCUCCCAUUUUUGUUCCUGAUUAUGGAGGACCGAGAGCAGGGUCUUGUUUUUUGAAUCAGAUUUUUAAUCCAUGGUGAGGUGCUGUGUUUUUUGUUUCCUUUAUUGAAUUUUUAUGGUGUAUAGAUCUAUGGAUACCACCUUCCAGAUUAGUCAAAUUACUUUAGAAGGGUUUGUCAAACACACAAGACUCUCCAUUGCACACAUAGCUUGCCCUGUCUUUGGCAGCACUGAUAAUGCAGAAACUAAGCUUUCACUUAAUCAAGUGUGAAUCUGCCCGUCCUAAACAGCAAUCAUAGGCUGAGAGCACAGAGCUACCCCAUAGAUUUAUAGCACCAAUUUAUAAUGGUACUUAGAGGCAACUAACAGAAGCACUAUGUCAUAAUCCAUUGAUUAUUUAAUAAGCCCCCUUUUUAUAAUUUUUUGUUACAAAUUACUAUUUAACUUGCCUUUUUUCUAGUGCAGAGAUUGACUUCUCACUGCAGCUUGAUCCUCCCUCAGUGGUUCUCACUGACAAAUUUUGUCCUGUAAAAUGCUUCUUAUAGUGGAGCUUUGUUGAAAUAUGGGACAUGUUUGGCAAUCACUGCCAUCUGCUAAUCUAUUACUUCUCUAUGAGUACACCCAGCUUCUGGCGCAAGCAUACUUUGCAUGCUGUCACCAGAUUUGGAAUAGAUUCAGUUAUUAAAUCUAUUUUAGUUCCAAAGACCUAGUGGCUGUCUGACCACUACUAGAGAUGUAAGAAUUGCAAAACUGUGCCAUUUCUCAGAAAGUGACCUGUUUUUACUUGCAAGCCUGAAGGGAGGCAUCGUAUUUUGUACUAACGUUUGAGGCCGUCCAGACAAUCCCAGUCAUACACUGCACAUGUUCAUUGUUUCAGAGAGCACCACAGUUUCCUAAAACUCUGCUUGAAGAUGCUGUCCAACCAUUUGGCAUUGGCUUUGGCUGGUGGAGUUGCCACAAGCAUUCUGGGCCGUCAAGCAGGACCACUCCGCAAUCUGCUCUUCCGGCUCAUGGAUGCCAGUGUGCCAGAUGAAAUUCAAGAGGUGAGGCCUCCGUAGUAUUACUGUAUCAUUGAACUUACAAAUUACAUAUCUGAAUUUUCUUCUUCACAGUCUUUAUUCUGUAACAUUCUAAAGGUUUGAACCAGGUCAGCCGAUCUCCAGGCUUGGGCAAUCUGAGACCCUGUAGCAUCAUACUGGUGUCCCAUCCCAACUUCUCCCUUUGGCCAGUCUGGUCUACACCUUGGAAGCCCCUAAGCUGAAUUAAGCUUUUUAGUAUAAUUUAAAAAGAUAAAUGUGAAUAAGAAAAACAUAUUCAGAGUGAAAUACAGUAUAAAAAUCAAGAUGACUUUCAUAAUCAGAAAUUACUCGGAGUUUAACAAACAAACAAAAAAGUUUCCUGCACACUAUCCUAAAUCCCUAUGAACAUUUAAAUAACAGGAGGUUAUUGGCCAAUGGCCCAUAAGGUGUAAGCUGACCUGUACUGGUUCUGAUGUGUACUAUAGCUAUUGUUGCUGCCCAGAAGUAGUGGGAGUUUGAGCGCCAUUGUCCUACUCUUUCCUGCAAUCCUGGAGGUCUACUUACAAUCGUUAUAUUCACAGGUUGUCAUUGAGACUCUCUCAGUUGGAGCCACGAUGCUGCUACCACCUCUCCGGGAGAGAAUGGAAUUGUUACACUCUCUCCUACCACAAGGACCCGACAGAUGGGAAAGUCUUUCCAAAGGCCAGGUAGGGAUGCAAUGAAUGUCCAUGUUCACAAGUUAUUCUAGUCCAGCAAUCUUGAACUCCAACCUCAAUACCUGUGACACUAGAUCUUUUGGUUGAUUUGUCAGAUUGCACUGUUAAUUGUUACAUUACAUACUCCUAGAACACUAUUUUGACCUUCAAGGAAAACAUUAAAAAAAUAGUAAUAUUUUAAAGUGUGUGAAUUCAAAUCACUGAAGUGGUCAUGGUGGUUGGAGUAAUCCUUUAAAUAUUAAGCAAGUGAAGUAUUAAACAACCCUGCAUAACCACCGCUGGAUAGGUUGCGGUGUGUGUGUAUGUGGCUUUGAUUUGUAUGUAAUUAUUGCAUAAUUAAUCCAUUGGUUCCUAACCUAACCCUAACGUCACAGCAGCGGUUCAGGUAUUUUCUGUAUCCUCUUUGGAAUAGAGUUAGUAAAUACCUAAAUCCUGUCUGUUUAUGUGCCUUUAAGGGUGGAAAAGGGAACCACUGAAUUUACCUACCCAUUGCACCUAAUGUAAAAGUGGAAAGUGUAUCUUUUAUUUCUUGCCCUUUGUCAUGUACAGAGAAUGCAGCUAGACAUCAUACUGACCAGCUUGCAGGACCACACACACGUGGCUUCAUUGCUGGGGUACAGCUCUCCUUCUGACACCUCUGAUGUCUCCUCUCUACCACUUUCAUACGGUGCAACAUCUGACCCGAACUACAUUUCACAGGGAAGCCACCCAGAUACCCACUUGGCGGAAAUCCUGAUGAAAACACUCUUGCGAAACUUGGGCUUCUAUACAGUAAGUUAAUUUCUAUAUGGGACCUUAACUCUAACGUGGAACUGCAGAAUUAAAAAGAUUGUAUCAUUAUUGAUUGAUUGCAGUACACACAUCUAACUUGAAAAUAAUUUCUAAACCAAGUGCAACCACUUGCAUGUGUAAACAAUCUUUAGAAUUAAGUGCUUAAAAUGUUCAAACUCACUCCACAAUAAAAUGAAUCAAAAGCAAAUAGUAGUGCAUAAAAGUACACCACUCUGUGAGGAAAAAAAAUAUAAACCAAUACUUAAAAAAGGUAGGUUCAGACCGGAUUUAUCCCAUUCAUUGAAUGCUUCUCGCUCUGUUUUAUUAUAGCACAAAGACAUUUUAAAGUUCAUAUGUACCAGAAGGAGAUUCUCAAUAAUCUGAAUUUAAGGCACUAUUUAAUAUUUCUAACAUUAAAAUAAUACAGCUUUAGUGAAAAAAGUUCUUCAGUGAUUUCAUCUAUUUUUGCUUAUUGAAGGGUUGGGGCAGAGAAAAUCCUAUAUUUUUUCAUUGGAGCGUAUUUACCAGCUUCAGCGGGAGGAUACGUAGAUAUUUUCAGUCCUCAUCCUCUUCAGUCUACUGCUUUCAGCAACAAACGAGUUUCCACUCCAUCCCGUUCACUUCGGUCAGCCAGAAAAUCUCUCCUGUCAGUGUCAAGAAUAAAGACAGACUCUGGUUCCAGGGCAUUCAGCCACGCUGCCCCUACUUUCUGGAACGCUUUACCGUGUGCAAUCAGAGAGGCAUUGUCCUUACAGACCCACCACUUCCAUCAGGCAUUCAAUCCGCUCCUCUGACCUUCAGAAACUCCUAACUUUUAUGUCUUUAUGUUUGUAUAUUUGUAAAGUGCUUUGAGUCUCACAGGGAGAAAAACGCUACAAAAAUCGCAAAUUAUUAUCAUAUGCAAUAUUUCUCCCCUAUUGUCAUGAAGCAAGCAAUUUGGGCACCGUUUUGCUCUGUUUUUUGUGUUUUUAUUCACCUACUUAUAGUGAUUUCUACCAGUGAUGAACCUUGUACAAAGUACUUUAUUUACAUACACAACAAAAAUAGUUUUAAUGUAUGUAAUUCUUAGUUGAAUGUGUCUAACAGUUUGUUUUUUAUUUUACCAAUUUAUGGAUGUUGUUAAUUAGGAAUGCUAUCAAAUCAGAAGGCAGUUUUUAAUGUAUGGGGUGGUCUUCUCACAGUACCUAUGGACAAGGGAAAUCCUUACCGUCAUUCAUCAUUCAUUCUAUCAAAAAUAAUCACUGACUCCUGUCGCACAUGUUUGCUCUUUAUUGUUCUUUAUAAAUUGUAAAACUUAAAAAACAAAAAACAAAAAAAAAAAAAGUCAAACCAAAGCCUAUGAUAAAGUAGGAUAUUCGGAAUGGUUUAAAAGUUGCAGCUGAGACGAGCUAGGCAGCCCUGCGUGUUUUCACAUUCUGUGUCACUGAAAAUAUUUCUUACUGUUCUUUCCAGGAUCAAGCGUUCGGAGAACUAGAGAAAAACAGCGACAAGUUAAUUAUGGGCGCUUCAUCGUCUGAAAACACCCAGCCAGCCCAUCUCCAUGAACUGCUGUGCUCUCUGCAGAAGCAACUGCUGGCAUAUUGCCACACAAACAAUAUCAGUGAGGUAUGUAGUCAUUAGGAGUGAUCACAAGUUACUAUAAGGAGGAACAUACUCCUCUAUAAGUAUUGUGAGCAGUAAUAGCACAAUUAGAUAUAGAAUUUGUAGGCGAAAGCUAAAUCAUGACAAACUAGCAUUCGACUUCUUUUCAACAUUUAGUAAAUAAGUAUCUUUUCUUUUUUUUCUUUUUCUUACCAUUUCUUGACCUGCUGCAAAUCACUAGGCAAACGUCAACAGCAUGAUUCCUGCCCAAACCAGGAAGUGGUAUUUCCUAUCAGGAAUCACUCAUUCUGGUGUACGUGUCUGAGUGUAUCUAAUUAUAUGACCUGACUUGUGCAAUUCUCUGUUUUAAUCAAUUGUGGGCAAUGUGACCGGGACAGGUGCCUCCUUACUGUUAUGAGGACUCCGCUAACCUGUGAGCAUGCAGAAGUCAAUGUGUUCAAGGCUGAUCAAUGUGACAUGCUUCCUUUUAUUAUUGAAUCCAGAAAAAAAAGAGAGGUCCAGGCACUGCAAAGCUCAGCAAGGCAGGCACAUCAGUUGGAACCAAGUAAUGUUCUGACCCGACAAUGGAUCUUUGACAAAGACCCGUUGUAGGAUUGAAACGUUGCUGUGUACUUGAUUCCUAUAAAUGUGCCUUGCUGAGCUUUGCGGUGCCUGGAAAUGUCUUUUUCCUGGAUUCAAUACAAUGUGAGGAUUGUGAGAGCCCCUGGUUUGGUUGCACCCAAUUAUUUUUGCUCUAAAUAUUGUUGGUAUGUAUGUUUCCUAUAAGGGGCUGGAUUUGACUUAAUUUGGCCAUGAUGAGUCUUGAUUCAUGCUCCUAAGUGCAUUCUGGCAGCCGAGUUGGUGUUCACUCUGGCUACUUUUUAAACCCAAGAGAAAUUUGCAAUUUCAUGAUCCGAUAACUUUGACCUGACUAGUCAUUAACUUUCCUGAUCUCUAUUAUCCUUUUGGCCUCUGCUUGUUUCUGUAUAGUAUGACCUAUAUUUGAGAGGUGACUUCCUUUCUAGCCUGACCCUUGCUCCUCAACCCUUAAAGUGAGUAUAAGUAGAUAUAUAGUAGCACUUCUGGGCAAAAUGCACCCAAACACCAGAAACCAAAACUUGAGUAUUUAGAAGCACAAAGGAAGGGAAUAAAGUUUUCUUUUACAUUUUUUUGAUUACCAUAUUGCCUUCACAUAAUUAUUGGCCAUAUUGCAGGAAUUUCGUGACCGUGAUUGCUCUCUUCUAUUUCAGAACUCUAGCAGUGUCGCUCUGCUCCACAAACACCUUCAGCUUCUUCUGCCCCAUGCCACAGACAUCUAUUCCCGAUCUGCCACAUUGCUAAAGGAAAGCCCGUGGAAUGGGAGCGUUGGAGAGAAACUCCGUGGUAUGUUACACUCUGAACAUUCUUCUAUAAUAUCUUCUGCAGACCUCUACCAAGAUUAUAAUGUCAAUCUGCUCCUUAAUUGCUCUCUGCACAUCUUCGCAAAAACUUUAAUUUCCUAUUGGCUGAGCACUGAUGAUCAAGUAGUUCGAACCGCAAGAUACUACCUGCACAUCCACAAGUACACGAUAAAUGUUUUACUUUUUAUUAAGCAUGUUUAUUUACCAAACUGGGGAUUGCAAAUGUCAGCCAAGCAGGAGUAUUUUUCUUUUUUUCGUCUAUUUUGGCUUAAAAGUUUUGAUUUGUUAGUAAAUGUCUAGUUGAACUAUUACCCCUGUGCAGGUGUACUUACCGUGCCCUCGUUACUUUCCCUAUUAAUAAGCUUGCUAACAAUGCGCACACAGAAUGUAAAGUAAGAUUUAAAAUGAGUUCCCUUUCUGUAUCCGUAAAUAAGUAACUAUUGAUUCUACAGGCCUGAAAAGCAGAUGUGUAUCUAUCUACUACAAAGGAAUGAAUUCAGUAUAAAUAGCUAAGGCAGUGACGGUGUUGGCAUCUCUAUUCUAAUGACAGCCAUGUUUUCUCUUUGCAGAUGUCAUCUAUGUUUCUGCAGCUGGUAGUAUGCUGUGCCAGCUUAUUAAUGCUCUACUGUUGCUACCCGUCUCGAUAGCCAGGCCUCUUCUCAGUUACCUGUUAGACCUGCUCCCACCCCUGGAUCGCCUCAACAGACUCCUACCUGCAGCUGCUCUGUUAGAAGAUCAGGAGUUGCAGUGGCCCCUACACGGUGAGGACUCUUCUCUGCAGUGUGUACUGUAUCUGAGAAUAAUGUGUUGUUAGUUUUUUUUUUUUCCAUAGGUUUUUUUGUUUGUUUUCUUUCUUAUUUACAAUCUAGAAAGUGUCACACAUUUUUGACACUUAUUAGUAUGUCUUGAUGCAGAGGUGGUCAAUUGAUUACUCACCACAUGCUGUAGAGCCAUGCAAUAUUUAGGACCACCAGAAAGGGGAGGUGCAGGCAUUACACCCACUCAUGCUGUGGAACCAGCUGGGUAAAUGGAACAUAACUGAGCACUCUGUCCAGCAGUACUGGGAGGAUGUAAUGUUAGGUCACUUCCUCCCAGCUCACAUGCUGUGGGUGAAGAGAAGCUGACAGCCUCUACUAUUAACAUGGAACCUUCCCUCCAGGACUGAUGUAUGUAUUUCAAAGUGUAUGGGUGUGCUUGGUAUUGAGGGUAUAGUGAAUCUGGGGUAAUCUGUAUCUGUGCUUUCUUUUUUUUUUAUUUGGAGUAUAUAUUAGUGAAUGUAUAUAUUUUUUUCAAUGUAUGUUUCUGGUAAUGUUUGUGUGUACCCUUAUUUGGGAAAGAAUGACAAGGAGGCUGCCAGUGCUUUUGUAAUGGGCCUCAAUAUGCCAUGAUGUUUUUGCCUUAUGUAUUUUGUAUUUUUGCAUCGCUUGAUAAACCCUGACAAUAAGGCAGAGUGCUGCUGUCAAGCUUUGUCAAUCCCCAGCCGUCUAAGGGGAAAAAGGUAAAAAUACGAGACACCCCCUCCCCCGACGUUUCGGCUGAAAGUCUUUGACAAAAGCUUUCAGCUGAAACGCUGGGGGUCUCUUAUUUUGGUUUCCUCUCACUCAUACUUUUAUUUUAUUUUUUGUUAAUUAAUUCCUGGAUUGGACUGUUUUUUACCCCCCUUUUUUCAUUUAAGUGAUAUGUGUAUUUAUAAAAUAUUUUACCAGAAAGAAUACAUUGAGAUUUCUCUCCUUUUCAAGUAUGUCCUGGGUGCACUUUUGAUGAUUGCAUAUUUUGCUGCAGGUUUUUAUUUUAUUGUUAUUUUCCCUUUGUUUAUGUGACCCUUGUAUACAUUGUUAAUGUUAAGGAUAUCCAGUAAGAGAUUAUGCUCUCCUUUCUCUAUAGGUAUUGUCUUUGUAUUCAUUCAGUAAAUAUUAUAUAGUUUUUAUUGGUUGUGCUCCUCAUUAGUUUGUUAUUGGGUAAAGUUUCAGACUCUCUGUAGGGAGUGGAUUUGUUGAGUGAGCACCCUGCUUCUUAUUUACUUUUCUGGUCCAAUUCAAGCUUGUUCAAGUUGUUGGUUUUGCACUGUGCAUUAGGUGCAGGAGAGCCCUGAUUUUUGUUGUGUUGCUCAAAUACAGUUUGACAUUAAUCCGAGCAAUUGCAUGGAGUUACCAUAACCAUUACAAAAUGCUGUAGUACUUAUAGUGCUGUCCCUUUAAGAUUGAUUUGGCUAAUGUGCAGCAUAACACGCAGAUGAGUAUAGACUGUAUUGAAAAGUUAUAGGAAGUCUUUGAUAGUUGCAUAAUAGCUCCUUCUACUAUGCAAAACAACCUGCUGAUUUUAGUUCGCUUUUUAUUUUUUUUAUUUUUGUAUCUAUGACAACUCACAUUGAUCUUUAGGGCUCCUGCAUAUAAAGAUAAUGCAAUGAGGGGUGGGGGGGAUUCAUUAACAAAGUUUACAUAUUGUGCUAUUACAUGGAUGAAAGCUUUUCGAUGUGAACCGUAGAUCCUCUCAAUGAUGAAUGAGAAAUGUAAUCCUAUCAAUCAUUUUGAACUAUUUCAUGAUCUCUAGCACUUCUAAAUAAUCCAACAGGCAUGUAAAAUGGCAGUAAAUGGAAAUACGGGAAUGGCAGUUUACAAACAAUAACAUGAAGUCGGCUGAAAAUCUUGCAUUGCUCGGUGUUCCUGUUUAUUUUGAGUUUUAAAUUCAUUCCCCUAAUGUCAGCAUAAAUGGUGGCAUGAAGUCAUCUGUGAUGGUUGAAUGUGCACUUUAAUUUGAUAUUUUUCUUGAGCCAGUUCAGAAUGGGCCAUCAUGGAUCCCUGGGAAAAAGUACAAUUCAGCUCCCCAGCAAUAAGACUUUGGAAUUUAAAUUUGUCAUUGACCAUCAAUGAUAACCGAGCUUUGGCAGCAUGCCUACUUCCAAAUAUGCUCAUUCAAUGUCAUACCUAAUUAACCUGGCUAUGUACCCAAACUUUGUUUUUGGACUCUAUAUUUUCUUUCCAUCCACUAUGGAUUGGAAUUACUCUUGCCAUCUUCAUGGUAUUGUAAAAUGUCCAUAGGCAGUUAUGACCUGGUGGUGCUCAACUGUUUCAGCUCUCUUAAAAGUGUAGAAUUAAAUCCCGAGUGGCAUGGAGCCGGGUGAACUUACUGCAUCCAUUCCCCUGAAUUUGCCAUGGUAUUUGAUAGUAUUGAUUUUGUGAACUUCAGAUCAGAUAUAGGUGAUCAGCUAUUAGAUCAGUUUCAGACAUCAAUCUGACAGGGUAUAAUUUGUGUCCAUUGCCAUAGUGUCUCCAGCGCAUUCAAAGUUGUGGAGGUUCAAAUGGAUCAAUAGUGUUCCUUCUGUUCUUCAUUUUUAUGAGUGACCUUUUCUAGUUUGUGCGAAACAUGACAUUUAGAAAAAAAAAAAAAAAAAGCUCGAAAAGCUUUCAAACCAGAGGGACCUGCUACCCAGACCACUUCAUUGAGCUGAAGUGGUCUGGGUGCCUAUAGUGGUCCUUGAAUCCCAAACCAUGCUGUGUACAGUAUUAAAACCAGCCUAGAACUUCCCAUAAGAAAGCAGAUUGUGCAGCAAAUGUCAAGCUUUGCCAUAGAUUAUAGAGAUGUAAUAUAUUCAUCUGCACUCGUUGUCUCAUGUUACUACAGUACUCAUCAUCAUGAUGAGAGAGAAUGAAAACCUAUUAAUGAGAUAAUAAGUUACAGGAAAACAAAUAACUAAACAGAACUAGACAGAAAUAUAAAGAUUACGUUAUUUAGAUUUUUAGUUGUCCAGUCUCUUUGGAUUAGAGGUUGUACUGCAGUAACAGGUCUUUUAUGAUAGAUGGCAAUAUUAUCUGGAAUGUUUGUAAAUCCACCGUAGGAGUAACGUAGGUAGCCACAAAGUAAUAAUAACUUAAAGUCCAGUGUAGAAUUAAGCAGGUUGGAAGUCAAUCAGGAAUGUAGAGUUGUUAAGGCUGGUAUGGAGCAGGUUGGUGAGUAAAGCAGGUUAUGGAGCCAGUAAGGUAAGUCCACAGGUUAUAACACAGGAGCCAGGAUAUGAAGUCUUUCAGGCAAUCAUCAACUUUAAUGUCAAAGCCAUAAGUUGAGGUUGUAACCUUUUAUAGGAUCUGAAUUAGUCCAGGUAGGUCUGGAUGAGAUGAAAAUCUCUGUGCUAGUGGUUAGGGAGGCCACUAGUGGCAAAUAAAAUCAGUGUAGGAACUUGAUUUUUAAAGGAAUAAACAGAACAAAAAGUCUUGUUUGUCAGGAUAGGAUCCUGACAAUUCCUGACCUCAGAAAUUAGGUUUAAUGACCAGCUUUAGUCUACAGAGCUCCGCUACACAGAAUAACUCAUUGUUAAUUUAGAAUUUUAUUGUAUAUGUGUUGUAUGAGUAAUAAUCUACAAUUGUAUUUUGUCUCUUAUUGUAUGUGUAACCAUGUAUUUUUACCGUAUCAAUAAAUAUUUUUAUGUAAAUCUUUAUUUUAGGAAUUGUGGUUUUUUUGCAGCCCCGUGGAGGUGCUAGUAAAAUCUGGCAAUAGCCAUCCGCUAACCUGACCCAUUGACCAAGUCUAUAUAAUUAUUUAGUAUGUCACUGACCUCGUAAAAACUUUUAUUUUUUUUGUCUUCAGGUGCAUCAUUACAAUUUCCUUAAUUGUUUGAACUUGAGUAAGUGUCAUACUGUGCUGUAAAAUGUUGUAGAAUACUUUGUCGUCCUUAAAAAGUGGGGUUUUUUUUUGUUUUACUAGGAGGACCAGACCACGUUGACCCUUCAGGAGUUCUUCUGCCUGCACCAGCGCAGUCAUGGGUUUGGCUUGUAGAUUUGGAGAGGACGGUUACCCUGUUGAUUGGUUGCUGCUUAGGGGGCAUGCUGCAGGGAUCCCCCAUAUCUCCAGAAGAACAGGACACAAACUAUUGGUUAAAAACACCUCUGUUUGGAAAUGGUAUUGAAAUGGAUGUUCCUCAACUGGGUGAGUUGAAUUGAGCAGAGCAUAUUGAUUAGAUGCAGUGAUUCCUAAAUCACACAUAAUUAUUUACAUGAUACAAAUUAAGUUAUGGUGCACUCAUAAAAAUACACUAUUAAUCUUAUCAGGCUACUUAAAAUCUCCUAUCUAACAAAACAAAUAUGGGGAUUCAGUUCCACCAUAUGGCAAUAUUGUGUUAAGUCCACCACUACUUCACAGAACCCCAGUAUUGGUGGGUCUUACACGAAUUCCAAAUGUGGGACACAAAUUAAAUAGUGCUAGUGCUAAAUAAGCUAACGUGUGUAUAACAUAAUGAUACAGGUUGUCUGAAAAUUAUGGAAUCAACGUGAUGGUUGCAAUAAUAUUAACAAAAUGUGUUAAAUUACAUGUUAUAAGAUACCAGAUACUUCAGCCACCCAUGUGUAAAUUACUAUAAUAAAUUCAUACUUGUCAGUGAUGCUUGCAUUAAAAUAUGAAACUUAUUUUACAUUUAAAACCUUUCUUUGUGAAGCAAACUUUGUCCAAGGAGUGAUUCGCUUUUUUAGCCCUCUUUUUAUGCCCUAUUAUAAUACAAGUCAUGAAUGUUUGAUUUUAAUGGUUUGAUUCUAUAUGUUUCCUGAAACUCUGUACUGACUUGUAGUUUCAAUAUUGUGAAAUUCAAAUUGCUAAUAAAAGUGGAACUGUAGUAAGAGGUACCUCUUUGAUUCCAAUGUAAAGAUGUUGGUUUCAGAAGAAUACCUUACCUUGAAGCUGUUUUAAAAUAUAUAUUUUAAAUUGAAUUAACAGAGCACUAACUUUUAAUGCACUGUUUUAAUUUGUUUGUUGGUUUAUUUAUUUGCAUUGUUUCUUUGUCUUUUUUUUUCUUUCUACAGACAAGUGUAUGAGUGCUCUUCUUGAAGUGGCCCUUUCUGGCAAUGAGGAGCAGAAGACCUUUGAUUACAAGCUGAGACCUGAUGUGUCCAUUCUGGUCGAUUUGGCCGUGGGAUCAACCAAAGAGCCAGCACGCAGUCUGUGGAUCACUAUGCAGGAUUAUGCAAUUAGCAAAGGUAUAAGAACUGCAUAUCGGAUGGUGACUGGCUUCGCUCUGUCUCGUAAACAUAUAUGAGGAUUUUCCUUACGAAUGUGCAGUGUGGACACUGUUCAAGACUAUGACUUUCUAACUUGACACUUUCCUUUUCCAUUGCAGACUGGGACAGUGCCACCAUAAGCAAUGAAUCUCUGCUGGAUACAGUUUCUCGCUUUGUCCUCGCAGCCCUACUAAAGCACACUGAUCUGCUAUCCCAGGCCUGCGGAGAGAGUAGGUAAGUGUCAAAAAUGUUAUUUGGCAAAACUUUUAACAAAAAGGAAAAAUGAUUGGAAAAGCAAAUAAUAUAUAUAGCCUAUAUAAAUUUAAAUCCAGAUCUGGUCCCUUUGUUACUGUAAAAGUGACUGAUUAAGUGUUGUGAAUUGAUACCCUUGUAUUAUUCUUCAGGUAUCAGCCGGGGAAUGCACUGGCCGAGGUUUUCCGCAGUGUAUACAAGGUGCGGAGCAGGCUUCUGGCUUGCAAGAACAUGGAGCUGAUCCAGACUCGUUCCUCAUCUAGAGAGAGAUGGGUAUGGUUGAAAAUCUUUUUAUCGUGCUUAUCAUAAUGUUAAAAAAAAAAAAAAAAAACAUGUUUCAGAUUUUCAUUGAUUUUCAAGUAGGAUUUUCGAGAUAAUGUUCUUAAAUACAGUCCACCUUUGAUUUUUGUUUUCAACAUUUUGUUUUGUUGUCUUCAAAAAUGGUGACCUAGCUUUUGACUGUAAUAUUUUAGGUGUCUGAAAACCAGGAGUCUGCUGAUCUGGACUCCCAGGAGAACUGCUUCACUAGAACCAUAGAUGAGGAAGCUGAAUUGGAAGAGCAAGCCGAAAGGGAAAGGGAAGAGGGACAUCCGGAGCAGGAAGAGGAAGAAGAGGAUCGGGACCAUGAGCAUCUAACAGCUGGCAGUGAGUAUCUGUCAGUGUUGAAGUAG